CUUUAGGAGAUAAAAACCGGGGAUUUUGUUGCGCAGGAACAGAAAAACGAGCCUCGUUAAACUAACUUCUCUGAGUCUGAACUUUGUGUUCAGCUUGUCAGCGACCAGCAGCUGCUUUUCAUUACUUUUAAUUCCUUCCUUCCUCAAACUGUUGCAUAACUCCUCAAGGUGACGGUUAGGGCGGGACUUCCGCCCGACCACUCAAACAGGGAAGUCGUCGUGUUACUUUCCUUCAGCGUCAUAGUUCUGCUCCGUGGGAAAAAAACACGCUAACGCGGCGGCUGUAAGUUGCUCCAGCGGGAGGAAAUCCGACAGGAGCGAGGUCCGCGCCACCUCCCGCCGCCGCGAGGUUCACCUGAGCCCGGCUGUCAGCGGGGGAAUGAGCCGGCAGGAGGCGGAGGGCGCUCCGGCAGGGUGAGAGCUUCUGGUGGGGGAUCCACGGCAGGCUGGCUGGGUGGGAGUGGGUCUCAAUACCUGUGGAGCUUCAACAGGGUGGAAGCUACUGGUGGGCGAUCCACGGAAGGCUGGUGAAACGGGAACCGAACAACCAGGGAUAAUUACUCCAAGAUGGUUGGGCUGUAAUCCUGAAAACAUGCUGGAUUUUUCCCCCCUGGCGCCGGCAGCUGCACCCUGAGCCAGACACAUCUGGGAACAUGACUCUGUGAUGAAACGGAACGAAGACGGACCCUCCCAGAUCCCGUUCCUUUUGUCUGCAACCAGGACACUGCCUACUCAGAGCCAAGCUCUUCCCAGGUCCCGGAGCCAUGUUCCGGAAAAGAAGCUCUUUCAUUCUAUGCGGGACGUUCCUGUUUGUAACCUGGAACGCCGUGCUGGUGCUGCUGCUCUGGGGCAGAGCGCCCCCGGGCCAGCCGGGCGCCGGGCAGCUGGAUCCGGCCUCCAUGCCCACCGAUGACGUGGUGGGAGACGUGAUCCGCGUAGCAGACUCCUUCGAAUUGGAGCUGGCAAAGCAGAAGGAGAUCCUGUCCCAGAUCCUGAGCCACCGGUCGCUGUGGAAGCCGGUCAACAGAAAGAGGGCGAAGGUCGACGUUCCCAGUCCGCCGGUCAUUCCCAUCCUGGUGAUCGCCUGUAACCGGGUCACAGUGAGGCGCUGCCUGGACAAGCUGCUGGAGCUGCGGCCCUCCGCCGAGCUCCAUCCCAUCAUAGUGAGCCAGGACUGCGGGCACACCGCCACCGCCGACGUCAUCGCCUCCUACGGGGAUAAAGUCACGCACCUGAAGCAGCCGGACCUGUCUGACAUUCCCGUCCGGCCCGAGCACAAGAAGUUCCAGGGUUACUACAAGAUCUCCAGACACUACCGCUGGGCUCUGAACCAGGUCUUCCGGACCCUUUCCCACUCCUCCGUGGUGAUCGUGGAGGACGACCUGGAGGUGGCGCCAGACUUCUUUGAGUAUUUCCGGGCCCUGCACCCAGUGCUGCGGUCGGACCCCACCCUGUGGUGCGCUUCGGCCUGGAACGACAACGGCCGGGACGGGAUGGUGGACCCCAGCCAGCCGGCGCUCCUCUACCGCACCGACUUCUUCCCGGGUCUGGGCUGGAUGCUGCUCCGGGAAGCCUGGGAGGAGCUGGAGCCCAAGUGGCCCUCCUCCUUCUGGGACGACUGGAUGCGGCAGCCGGAGCAGCGGCGGGGCCGCGCCUGCGUCCGGCCCGAGAUCUCCCGCACGCUGACCUUCGGCCGGCAGGGCGUCAGCCUGGGCCAGUUCUACGACAAAUACCUGAAGUUCAUCAAACUGAACUCUGAGUUUGUGCCUUUCACCAAGCUGGACCUGGCCUACCUGCAGGAGGACGCGUACCAGACCAGCUUCACCAAGCAGGUGUACAGUGCCGCCGUGGUAACGUAUGAAGACGUGAAGCAGGGCCGGCUGAGCGGCACCGGACCGUUCCGGCUCCAGUACUCCAGCAAGGACAGCUUCAAGGUCAUGGCCAAGAAUCUGGGCAUCAUGGACGACUUGAAGUCCGGCGUGCCACGGACCGGAUACCGGGGCGUGGUCAGCUUCUUCUACAGGGGGCGGAGGAUCUACCUGGCCCCGCCUCCCGGGUGGAGUCGGUACGAUCCCACCUGGAGCUGAGGAUCCGCAGAGCGUCUGACACAUUCCACACCAAAGAGAAACAGGAUUUCUGCUGUUUGCCUUUACAGAUGCUGGUUGUUUAGGAGGUUCAGCCAACACUACUCAGGUUUCCCCGCAGCGCACAACAGAUCUGCUGUAAAUCACCAGAGCUCUAUUUUUCUAUGAUUCUGAUUGUGCUCAUUGCAGCCACGCAUUUAAUGCAUCAGCCCGGUUUGCCUUAUUGUCUUUAAAUUAUUGGAGUUAGUCUGAGUUAAUCCUGAGAAGGAAGCUGGCUCAUCUAAUCUGUGAUUCUGUCUGCUGAUGACUGCGAUGAAACCAAAUUCUGCUCUUCCUGCUCACAUUUUGUCAGAGGAUUUUGUUUGGAAUAUCUGUUGCCCUGGAAUCACUGUGGGGAUUUGUAUGUUUUUGUUUUUUAAUAAAAACAAAAUUAAUGCAGAGUU